AAGUUGGGCAGCAAACCGUUACACUGCACCUACUUCUGAGUUUGGUGUCAUCAAAGAUGGCGAUUUGCUGAGUGCUCAUGGACACAUCUCAUGGUCAUGGAUAAAUAUGAUCUUGCUUGAACUUGUGGUUAAAUGUAAUUUCUGUUUUACUUAUGAAUAUUUUAAAACAACUGUAAUUUAAGCGCGAAACAGCUUUAGCUACCGCAACAAUGCAAAUCACGUUAAAGACACUGCAACAGCAGACCAUUCAAAUCGACAUAGACCCAGAACAAACGGUGAAGGCAUUGAAGGAGAAGAUAGAAGCAGAGAGGGGAAAAGAUAACUUCCCAGUGUCUGGACAAAAGCUCAUAUAUGCUGGCAAAAUCCUGCAAGAUGACACGCCUAUUAAAGACUACAAAAUUGACGAGAAGAAUUUUGUUGUAGUUAUGGUAUCGAAGGCAAAGUCUGCCACAGCUGCAUCAACACCUUCCUCAGAGGGACCCAAGGCCCCUGUCCAAGACUCUGGGUCGUCUGCAGGCCCGGCCCCUGCAGCCAUCCCUAUCCCCCCAGAGGAGCCCACACCUACAGUCGCAGAGCCCCCAGCUCCAGCCAGCUCCGACCCCAGUAUGGAGGUUCAGGGGGGAGAUGCCUCCUCUGCCUUGGUGACAGGAGCGGAGUAUGAGACCAUGCUGACAGAGAUAAUGUCUAUGGGUUAUGAGAGGGAGAGAGUGGUAGCUGCUCUCCGGGCCAGCUUCAACAACCCCCAUCGGGCUGUGGAGUACCUCCUCACUGGCAUUCCUAGCAGUCCGGUCCAAGAGACUAAUCCCCCAGCACAGCUUCCUGCAUCUGCCCGCACAGGCACAGAGACCCCUACUGUAGCUGAGGGAGAAAACCCUCUGGAGUUCCUGCGUUCCCAGCCUCAGUUCCAGAGCAUGAGGCAGGUGAUCCAGCAGAACCCCUCACUGCUGCCAGCUCUGCUCCAACAGCUGGGUCGGGAGAACCCACAGCUCCUACAGCAAAUCAGCCAGUACCAGGAGCUGUUCAUCCAGAUGCUGAAUGAGCCGGCGGGGGAGGUUGGAGACGUGCCUGAGGUGGGGGACCUGGGUGCUGCAGUGGAGGAGGGAGCUCCAGUCAACUACAUUCAGGUCACGCCUCAGGAGAAGGAAGCCAUCGAGAGGUUAAAAGCGUUGGGUUUCCCCGAGGCGCUGGUGAUCCAGGCCUACUUUGCCUGUGAAAAGAACGAGAACCUAGCUGCCAACUUCCUCCUGAACCAGGGCUUUGAGGAUGAAUGAGAGGCGCUGGCCUGCCCUCCUCUCCAGGCCAGCACAAGGACUUCACCCCACUGUAGAGCAACGAUCUUCAGGUCAUUUCAGAGGGGGGAGGAUCUUACAAGCUACACAAAGUAUAUGUUGAUCUAAGGGUGAAAGAGGAAUAAUGAAAUCCACUUGAAUUCCAAUGGAAUGUGUGGGAUUUGUUUAGGGCAGAUAUAUAUUGAGAUUUUAGAAGAGCUUUGGGAACGGGAGGGAGGGGGCUGAAGGGUUUGCAGUGUGUGUGUGUGUGUGUGUGUGUGUGUGUACAUGUCUGUGUGUACAGGUGGAUGCCAUUCAAUUAAGGUGCAAAGACAUUGAUAUGCAUAUCUAAGCUUGUUAAUGCUGUAGCUGGAUGUAAUGGAAGCACAUUCUCCUUGAUGCACUUCUACAAUGUUGGUGUAUUGAGGGGAAAGGGAAACUAAACGGACGGUCAUGAAGAGUCCUCUUGUGGUCUGUUCACUUGAUUGCACCAGUCCCUCACAUUUCCUUUGCCAUUCAAAAACCAACCACAUAGCAAAACACAUCUCAUCCCAUGAUAUUGUCAUACAGGCAAGUACAUUUUGCCAGCGGCCAGGCUAAAUUAUUUAUGAGGUCCCCUCACUUCACCUCAAAGCUAGCGCUUUUAGUUCUCACUCAGAUAUCCAUGAUCUCUCUAGGUGUGGAAAUGCUCAACAUCCUGAGUAAAUCGAGUGGUAUAGAACAACCAAAAUGACAAAUGGGUGUGUGUGUGCUCACAGAACCGGACAGGUACAUUACUGUCUGGAUAUUGUCUGAAAAUGAGGUUUUGUUGAAGGGUUCACAGUCCUCUCUAGUGUUACGUCUCUGAUCAGCUGACCAACUCUGACCUUACCUUUACAUAUAAUCCUCUGAAGAGGGGAAGAGAGAGAUGGCAGGGACAAGUCCUGGGAUACUGGAGUUACUCACUUACCUCUUUCCCAAGGCUGAGGAGUAGACACACCACCUUUCUCAUAAGAUCUGAUUAAUAGUACACACGAAGGGCAGCUCAAAUACAACGGGACCAGCUGGUCUUGAGACACUAAGGGCUGGAUUCAACCCGUAUCGUGUAAAAAUGUACGGGUAAUUUCCUGUUGAGCCGACAUGCAGUCUCGGCGACCGUGGGAACAUUGCCUUUAAAUUGUCAAUAGCGCUAUAAAGCAGAUAUUCAGCACUACAGAUUGAAUAGAGCCCAAAAUGUCCAGUAGGAACAAGGGUCCACAUGAAGUCUUUAUUAAACCAGGACCCAGUCAUAGCCAAUAAUUGUCAUCAUCCACAGCCUGAAUGAGCCUAUUCAACAGUCUUUAGUGAUGAGGUGAAUCUAGUUUAAACCGGCUAUCGCCUAGCUUUAACCACCUGUUUCCAACUCGGAUAGUAUAACAUGAGGCUUGGUUGACACAUGCCUUAUUACACUAAGGAUUCCCAGUGUUUUGAGAUGUUGCUAUUGUGGGUUUUCUGAGGGUACCAAGAAAUGUGUGGUUUUAUGAAUAUUCACUUAUCAAGGUAUGUUUUCUCUUUAACUUAACAUGGUAGGAGUUUAAUGGGUCUGUGAAGAGACGAGCUUUUAUGAGUUUGGAUUGAACAGAUGCAUUCAAAUGUAUUGGCUCCUUUGCACAGAAUUUCCUGUUCUCUUUUUGAAACUUGUUGAAUGGCUAUUUUUACCCUGCAGGCACCUUCAACUUGCCACAAGUAAGAUCAAUUACACUCAAACCAAAUUCAUUGUGCAUUUAGUUCAUGUCAUUUUUGACUUAAGUGAAACAUUUCCGUUUUGGUGUAUUUAUUGGACCUUUGAAACAAAUACACAUGUGGACAAAGUUUUCAAUCACAACUUAUUUUAAAGGAAUAGUGAUCAUGACAAUAUGUUUGACUGCAUCUGUUUUUGUGAACAUGGCUUUUACUGACACUGGCAUUUUACAGCAUCAACAUGAUCCGCUUCAUUAAACAUCAAUAUGUCAUGG